AUGGCUCAUGUUAAUGAAAAAGAGAUAGAUGCGAGAACCGAGGAGGAGAAAGCUAUAGAUGCAUGGCUUCCUAUCACAUCCGAUCGAAAUGCAAAAUGGUGGUACUCUACUUUUCAUAAUGUCACUGCCAUGGUUGGUGCUGGUGUUCUCAGUCUUCCAUAUGCCAUGUCUGAGAUGGGAUGGGGCCCUGGAGUGAUAGUAAUGUUGAUGUCAUGGGCAAUAACAUUUUACACAAUAUGGCAAAUGGUAGAGAUGCAUGAAAUGGUACCAGGAAAAAGAUUUGAUAGAUACCACGAGCUAGGUCAACAUGCAUUUGGUGAGAAACUUGGUCUUUGGGUAGUUGUACCCCAACAAAUAGUGGUGGACGUAAGUUCUUGCAUAAUAUACAUGGUUACAGGUGGCAAGUCAUUGAAGAAAUUUCAUGAAACAGUUUGUCCUGAUUGUCAACCAAUAAAACUUACCUACUUCAUCAUCAUCUUUUCCUCAGUCCACUUUGUUCUUUCUCACUUGCCAAAUUUCAAUUCUAUAUCAUUUGUGUCCUUGGCUGCUGCAGUGAUGUCGUUGACAUAUUCGACAGUUGCUUGGGCAACAUCUCUAGGUAGAGGGAUUGAAGGUAGGGUAGUGAGCUAUGAACUUAGGGGUGAAAAGACAAGCGACAAUGUAUUCAUGUUCUUGAGUGCACUUGGAGAUGUUGCUUUUGCCUAUGCUGGCCAUAAUGUGGUUCUUGAGAUUCAAGCCACUAUUCCUUCAACACCAGAAAAACCUUCCAAAGGUCCUAUGUGGAAGGGUGUAUGGGUGGCUUAUAUCAUCGUUGCCAUUUGUUACCUCCCUGUCGCUUUUCUUGGCUAUUGGGCUUUUGGUAAUCAAGUUGAGGAUAACAUCUUGCUUUCACUCGAAAAACCUAUGUGGCUUGUUGCUGCUGCUAACAUGUUUGUUGUCGUCCAUGUUAUUGGAAGUUAUCAGGUUUUCGCAAUGCCUAUGUUUGACAUGAUUGAAACAUAUGCCGUCAAAUCUAUCAAACUAAAACCUUCCACUUUUCUUCGCUUCACAGUUCGUACAACAUAUGUUGCAUUGACGUUAUUCGUCGGUAUGACCAUACCAUUCUUUGGUGGUCUAAUGGGGUUCUUUGGUGGAUUUGCUCUAGCCCCAACAUCAUAUUACCUUCCUUGCAUCAUUUGGCUUAUCAUUGUAAAACCCAAAAGGUUUGGUUUUUCUUGGUGGAUGAAUUGGUUCUGCAUCAUAGUUGGAGUAUUGCUCACUGUUUUAUCGCCUAUUGGAGGAAUGUGGACUCUUAUCAAACAAGCCAAGAAUUACCGAUUUUACCAGUGAUUUGUAGUUUCUUUUUCUGGAAACUUGCGACUGUAAAUAGUUAUCCUUUUUUUUUUCUUUUGCUAUUUUGUUUGUUACAUUUAUGUUUUAGAAUAAUUAUCUAGAACAAACAAAAAUGUAUGUUGUUAUA